AUGGCUCAUAUUUUCUACCAAAUAUUACCUUCCCUCUAUUAUACCCCUACCUGUAAACUGUGUGAUCCUCACCUUAAAACCAUCUCUGCUCUCACCCCGGGCUCAGACAACUAUGACCUGUAUGGAGGGGGCUACGGAGGGGGGCAGAAGAGGGGUCUCUCUGGGAGCUCUCUGUUGUCGUCGACAGGGACCAGUGCGGACGCUGUCAUCGCUAAGAUUAACCAACGCCUUGACAUGCUGACCCAGCUGGAGGGAGGCAUGAAGGGACGCAGUGACAGGUAACACACGCAUCUCUUUCUGGCUGGUAAAGGCAUCCACAUGCUUCCCAGCCUAAAGAGUCUGGAAGAGUUUGUGCAUAUUAUGACGACACUGUGACGUUUUUGUUCGUUUUGGACUUAGCUAAGUUUCCCCUCCCCCGGCUGUUCGGGCAAACAUUUAUUUCUUGUCUACAGAGCCGACAGCUGAAUGGAAGCAUGCUAACGCCUUAACACACCCCUGGUUUCAACUCUCCACACACACAUGUCUUUGCACUCAAGAUCAAUCGCACACCUUCACACAGUUGUGUAGUCUGCCUUUUCAACACUCUAUACAUACACACACUCUGAAUCAUCUGACCUGCACCGCUCCUGUGUUUUCCAUACACUCUGAAUCACCUGACCUGCACCGCUCCUGUGUUUUCCACACCUCUGCAGCUAUCUGUUUUCCAUCUCAAUCCCGCUUUCUCUUCACACCUCCAUCACUCUCAAUCACCUCACAAUGCUGCUGCCACACCCUCUCUCCCUGCUUUAAUCACCAAUGCUGUUGCUGCCACACCCUCUCUCCCUGCUUUAAACACCAAUGCUGCUGCUGCCACACCCUCUCUCCCUGGUUUAAACACCAAUGCUGCUGCCACACCCUCUCUCCCUGCUUUAAUCACCAAUGCUGCUGCCACACCCUCUCUCCCUGCUUUAAUCACCAAUGCUGCUGCCACACCCUCUCUCCCUGCUUUAAUCACCAAUGCUGCUGCCACACCCUCUCUCCCUGCUUUAAUCACCAAUGCUGCUGCCACACCCUCUCUCCCUGCUUUAAUCACCAAUGCUGCUGCCACACCCUCUCUCCCUGCUUUAAUCAAAGCAAACACACUCCAACCUGUAAUCACAACAUACCACCCACAUCUUUCCUGUCCUUGCAUAUAACCCCCCCCCCCCCCCCCCCCAUAUACACUCCUUAGCUAGACCCUCAGCCCCUCCCCCUGGACACGACUAGGAUGUAAUGGUAAGGGUUGAAGGGGAAAAAGCCAAUGUAUUUCGGUUGGGAACCAUUUUGAUUUAAAGGGUAAACUCCUAUGGUUGAUUUAGAACCGGGAACCAUUUUUUAUUUUGCUAUGGAUUUUCAAACCUCAAGGAUACGUAUUGCUUCAAUUUGCUACAACGUAACAUUUUAAGAAUAAGUAGACUAUUGCUCCGAUUUGAGUCCACUCGUUUGGGUAACACAAGUAGGCUUAGUCUAAACCAGAGGGUAGCUAGCUGUAAUUAGGUGGUUUUAAUUGUUGUUGAAGUAGCGAUAAUGACUAAAGAUAUGAGCCUCAACCUAGCUCCUCCCACCCAGCUCUAGCGAUAUGAGCCUCAACCUGGCUCCUCCCACCCAGCAUGUUGUCCUGGGUGUAGGUUGGUUUGUCUUCACUAUACUGUCAUGGUUAAGGAUUCCUAUUCAUCUACCCAGGUAGAUCCCUCACCAGCACAGUCACAUUCCCCAGACACAGGGAAGUCAGCCGCAUGUCAUUAUAGUAUACUGCCCCCCUGUGGCCUGGAGGUAGAAGUGCAGCACCCACAGAUCCCCCAACUGCACUCACCUAUCUGAUCUAUCUGACUCAGAACAAACAAAUACACCAACAUGUCCUCUUCAUCCUAACUCUCUGUGUCUGAGCGGAAGGUUGGAGGGGGGAGGAGGGAGAGAAUGGGUGAGGGUGACGACAACCAAGGUCAUAUUUUGUCUGAGGCCCCACCUGUAAAUACACAAGGAAUCCCCCCCCCCCCCCCCCCCCGUAUUGUGGUACAGUCUUAUCACCCCCACAUACAAUUUGCCACAUGGAACUGUCCUGUUUCUAUUUGGCUGCUCUUGUCUGUCUCUCUGUGACCCCUGAACCAACCCUGAUUCUGUACAGCUCCCGCUCUGUUCCCCACCUCCAACCCACAUGGUAAGACACUCCACCUCAUCUUGGCUAGAAAGGGGGUAACCCCCCCUUAGACCUCAGAGAGAAGGGUAGGGUGGAUGAGAAAUGGGGAAUGCUCGAAUGUGUAAACCAAAUGUUGAGAGAGAAAAGCCUUCCUGUCUACCUGCCGUGAAUGCCUACAUCAAGACUCUGCAGCGUUGGAUUGGCAGAAACAUUCUGCAUCAUUAUGACAUCACUAAUGUGGCUCAUCAUCUUGGGGGGAAACAUGUCAUAAAGAGAGAGGAGGAGUAAAAGGAGGGGAAGAGAGAUUCCCUCCCUCACUCUCUACUCGUUCUACCACUCCCUCCCUCCCCCUUUUCGCAGGUUUGACCAAUACGAGUCCUUCGACUCGCGGGGCCCCUCCCGGGAUCUCUACAGAUCCAGUAGCUAUGGUUACGGCGAUGGCCGAGGGGACAUGACCCAAAGAGCUUCAGGCUUCGGAGGAGGUGGUGGUCUAGGCUCAGGCUUUGACAGCUCCUCCUCCUACGGAGCUGCUAAGAUGCAGCGGCAGAACAUGAGAGACUCCUUCUCCAGUCAAGGAGGAGGAAGCUGGGCCGGAGGAGGCCAGCGCUCCCCGAGAAGGGGGGGAGGCCGCGGAGGUUUUGGAGGCCGCAGAUCCGACCCCACUCCCAUGGGUGGAGGAGGAGGUAGGAUGGGUGGAAGAGGAGGAGGCCGGGGAGGUGGCGGUCACUCCCCCGGGGGUAGGGGCAAGCUCCCAUCCCUCCUGGGCCACCGCAUGUCCCCCCAGACCGGGGCCUUCCACCAGUCCGCUCAACAGGGCCGGGUCCCUGGGCCCCAGGACUUCCCAGGGCGCCACUUUGGAGGGGGCCCCCAGGCAGGCCACCAGCGUGGGCGCAAGAGGCCCCUCAACCGAGUAAGUACCCUACCGUACUGCCCGCCAGUCUGCCAGCCCCACUGCAGGGCAUGAUGACCUACCUACCAACCCCUGUACCCCCUUCCCCCUAAACGCUCCCCUACCCUGCCUGUAGCGCCAAGGGACUGGGGAGGUGUGGAUAUGAUUGACAUGACAACUACCCAACACAUUGAUAGCAAUGCUGCCCCUCACCCCCCUCAAACUCAUAGUUUGGUCAUCAUACUAUCGCCCCCAGUUCCUAUUCAAUAUUGCCACAAAUGCCUCUUUGAUUGAACCUAACUGUCCCCCUCCCAUUGAAACGGAACUGACCCGCUCCAAGAAAUAGUGCCCCACCCAGCAGAGGUCUGGACCAAACUCCAUUGUAAUGACCUUUCUCUGGGUUUUAUUCUUCUGGUUUUAUUUUGCCCGGUUCUGCCCCCAGAUGAGGCCUAAUGGUAAUAGUAGAGAUACGUGGGGGAGUCCACUGAAAGUCCAUUGAGAAUCUAUUGAAAAGUAUGUUAUUAUAGUAAUGGUGAAUGGAUGAAAGUUGAAGAAAGAAAAAUAUAUAUUUGUUUUAUUAGGUCACUGUUGAUGCAGUCCCAAAAUGUUUUGCAUGUCAGCAAUCACGUUUUCAAGAUAUUUGACUUUGAAGAAUCAGUGUCACUGGCUACAUCAGCAAUGUGCUGAUGAUGUCGUCGUCGUCCCCCUCCCCCCCCCACCAGCAGCAGCAGCCUGGUGGUGGUCAGCGUGACGGUCAGAAGAAGAGAAAACAGACUCUGACCGCAGCAGAUGAACCAGAGUCCAAGAUAAACAAGACAGAGUCCGCAGGAGGAGACACUGCUAAAGGUACCACACACAGAGAACAGACACCGCUAAAGGUACCACACACAGAGAACAGACACCGCUAAAGGUACCACACACAGAGAACAGACAACGCUAAAGGUACCACACACAGAGAACCGACACCGCUAAAGGUACCACACACAGAGAACAGACACCGCUAAAGGUACCACACACAGAGAACAGACACCGCUAAAGGUACCACACACAGAGAACAGACACCGCUAAAGGUACCACACACAGAGAACAGACACCGCUAAAGGUACCACACACAGAGAACAGACACCGCUAAAGGUACCACAAACAGAGAACAGACACCGCUAAUGGUACCACACACAGAGAACAGACACCGCUAAAGGUACCACACACAGAGAACAGACACCGCUAAAGGUACCACACACAGAGAACAGACACCGCUAAAGGUACCACACACAGAGAACAGACACCGCUAAAGGUACCACACACAGAGAACAGACACCGCUAAAGGUACCACACACAGAGAACAGACGACGAUGUCCACACACACUAACUACACCUAUGCACUGUCUGACUUGACUAUCUCUCUCUCUCUCUCUGACAGAACCAGCAGAGAACAACGGUGAAGCGAAUGAGGUGAAGACCCCAGCUGCUGUGACUUAACUAAUACAUCUGUGUGUGUGUGUCAGAAUCUCAUUGUGUUUCUCUCGUCUCCAGGCAACCAAAGCCCCGGCUGAUGGAGAGAAAGGUAAGAUAGAUUCAUCUCCUCCUCCGUUACUAGACCUACUAAUAUCCUCUCUUCAUCAACUGGUCCCUGUCCUCCUCCUCCUCUCUUCAUCAACUGGUCCCUUUCCUCCUCCUCCUCUCUUCAUCAUCAACUGGUCCCUUUCCUCCUCCUCCUCUCUUCAUCAUCAACUGGUCCCUUUCCUCCUCCUCCUCUCUUCAUCAUCAACUGGUCCCUUUCCUCCUCCUCCUCUCUUCAUCAUCAACUGGUCCCUUUCCUCCUCCUCCUCUCUUCAUCAACUGGUCCCUGUCCUCCUCCUCCUCUCUUCAUCAACUGGUCCCUGUCCUCCUCUCUUCAUCAUCAACUGGUCCCUGUCCUCCUCCUCCUCACAAAAUGACUAUCAAUAGCAUUGUUUCCAUGUCAACAUUUAGAAAGCAUUUGACAAUUGCCUGCUACGGUGCUUUUCCAUUUAACUGUGUUGACGUAAUGACGUCACACCAAACAAACAAAACAUUCCCAUCUAGUGGUGAAUAAAAAACAAAGUGGUUUGAAGUGUUUCCAUUAUCCAUUUAGACAAGUUGCGCAUUAAUAAAUUGUCGUCAGCCUGUAUUCCCUCCCACCUCUCUGUUUCAUGUCUCAGGUAGCCCUCGAAAGCCAGCAUGGGUAGAAUGCAAGAAUUUACUAAUGUGCCACAUUCUAAUAAUUAAUGUGCGAACGUAUCGCCACGGCCGUGCCACUCCUUUAGGUCUGAAAUAAUUGGAUGGUGAAACGGGUAGACCAGAGAAGCCACAUCCCUGUUUGGCAGAUGAGUGGCAACCCUGAUUACAAGCACCUGCUGCUGUUUUUGAAGAUGUUCUCUUUUUACCUACACACCGAAGAAGGCUGCAAAGCCGAAACGUCUGUGUACCCUGUCCUUGAUGCAGUGAAAUAAUAACAAAAAUCGAAAAAUGGAGUAAGCUUAAUGCGAUAUCUUUUUGAGUGCGGACCCAUCACACCUUUUGUUUGUCUGAAACUUUCCAGCCAACCACAAAAAGCAAGGCGAAGCAAUUCAGGCAUUUUUGAAAGUCAGAACAAUCCUUGUCCUGCAAAGAAACAUAAUUUUUUAUAGUUGGAAAAAAACGAUUUAGCAAGCAGUAGGCAUUUAGAAUGAAAUGUGGAGCCGAGCUUAUAGUUAGGUGAUGCAUACAUGCCCCACGUACCUAAAAAAGUAUACUUUUGAAAACAGUUUCCAUCAUUUGCCACUAUAAAGAAAGUUAGACAAAAGAGAGAUUGAGCUACCCCUGUUGAACAGAUAAAAAUGUUGGCGAUCUUUAGAACAUUUCUCCUAUAGCUGCCGUUUCAAUAUUUUUUUUCUUUGUUGCGACAUUGCUUUUGUCAAAUAAACCUGGGCCAAUGGAAACCUGCCUUCAGUCUUUCUCUUUCCAGCUCCGCCCACCUUUUAUUCAAGCUUGGUGACGCCUCACAACUCCGGAUGUAAUGUACAAUAAAGACUGUCCUUCUCCUCUUCCCCUUCUCCCUUCCACUCGUCUCUUCCAUUCCCCUCUUCCCUCAUCUCUUCCAUUCCCUUCUUCCCUCCCAUCCUCUCUCCCUCCUCUCCCUCCUCUUCCUUUCUCCCCUCCUCUCUUCCCGUCUCCCCUCCUCUCUCCUUCCCCUCCUCUCCCCUCCUCUCUCCCUUCCCCUCCUCUCUCCCUCAUCUCUCCAUCCGUCUUCCCCUUCCUCUCCAACUCUAUAACCUCCCCUCCUCCUAUUUCCCCAGUGGUGUCGAUGCAGGAGGAGCUCUCUCAGAUGAAGAAGAAGCUCCAAACAGGGAAACAGACUCCUCCCCAGGACAAGGUCCCCAAAAACAAGAGGAGGAGGGGCGGCUUCCUGGAAAGGUCAGGGGUCACACUAACACCCAAAAGUCAAACCCAGAGGUCAGUUAUUACAAAAUACAUCUCUUUUAUUUUCUCUUUCUCAGAGGUCAGAGUUAUUAUGUAUAUAUAUUAUACGGAAUAUAUCUCCUUUCCUAAAUACAGUAUUCACACCCCUUGACUUUUUCCACAUUUUGUUGUUACAAAGUGGGAUUAAAAUGGAUUUAAUUCUUAUUUUUUUGUCCAUUCAAUACAUGUUCGAAUAACCUUUACAUUUACAUUUUACAUUUUAGUCAUUUAGCAGACGCUCUUAACCAGAGCGACUUACAGGAGCAAUUAGGGUUAAGUGCCUUGCUCAAGGGCACAUUAACGUCAUUUAGCAGACGCUCUUAGCCAGAGCGACUCACAAAUUGGUGCGUUCACCCUAUAGCCAGUGGGAUAACCACUUUACAAUUUGGGGGGGGGGGGGGGGGUUAGAAGGAAUACUUUAUCCUAUCCCAGGUAUUCCUUAAAGAGGUGGGGUUUCAAAUGUCUCCGGAAGGUGGUGAGUGACUCCGCUGUCCUGGCGUCGUGAGGGAGCUUGUUCCACCAUUGGGGUGCCAGAGCAGCGAACAGUUUUGACUGGGCUGAGCGGGAGCUAUGCUUCCGCAGAGGAAGGGGAGCCAGCAGGCCAGAGGUGGAUGAACGCAAUGUCCUCGUUUGGGUGUAGGGACUGAUCAGAGCCUGAAGGUACAGAGGUGCCGUUCCCCUCACUGCUCCAUAGGCAAGCACCAUGGUCUUGUAGCGGAUGCGAGCUUCAACUGGAAGCCAGUGGAGUGUGCGGAGGAGGGGGGUGACGUGAGAGAACUUGGGAAGGUUGAACACCAGACGGGCUGCGGCAUUCUGGAUGAGUUGUAGGGGUUUAAUGGCACAGGCAGGGAGCCCAGCCAACAGCGAGUUGCAGUAGUCCAGACGGGAGAUGACAAGUGCCUGGACCAGGACCUGCGCCGCUUCCUGUGUAAGGCAGGGUCGCACUCUCCGAAUGUUGUAGAGCAUGAACCUGCAGGAGCGGGUCACCGCCUUGAUGUUGGCGGAGAACGACAGGGUGUUGUCCAGGGUCACGCCUAGGCUCUUCGCACUCUGGGAGGAGGACACAGCGGAGUUGUCAACCGUGAUGGCGAGAUCAUGGAACGGGCAGUCCUUCCCCGGGAGGAAGAGCAGCUCCGUCUUGCCAGGGUUCAGCUUGAGGUGGUGAUCCGUCAUCCAUACUGAUAUGUCUGCCAGACAUGCAGAGAUGCGAUUCGCCACCUGGUUAUCAGAAGGGGGAAAGGAGAAGAUUAGUUGUGUAUCGUCAGCGUAGCAAUGAUAGGAGAGACCAUGUGAGGAUAUGACAGAGCCAAGUGACUUGGUGUAUAGGGAGAAAAGGAGAGGGCCCAGAACCGAUCCCUGGGGGACACCAGUGGUGAGAGCACGUGGUGCGGAGACAGCUUCCCGCCACGCCACUUGGUAGGAGCGACCGGUCAGGUAGGACGCAAUCCAGGAGUGAGCCGCGCCGGAGAUGCCCAUCUCGGAGAGGGUGGAGAGGAGGAUCUGAUGGUUCACAGUAUCAAAGGCAGCAGACAGGUCUAGAAGGACAAGAGCAGAGGAGAGAGAGUUAGCUUUAGCAGUGCGGAGAGUCUCCGUGACACAGAGAAGAGCAGUCUCAGUUGAAUGACCAGUCCUGAAACCUGAUUGGUUUGGAUCAAGAAGGUCAUUCUGAGAGAGAUAGCAAGAGAGUUGGCUAAAGACGGCACGCUCAAUAGUUUUGGAAAGAAAAGAAAGAAGGGAUACUGGUCUGUAGUUGUUGACAUCAGUGGGGUCGAGUGUUGGUUUUUUGAGAAGGGGAGCAACUCUCGCUCUCUUGAAGACGGAAGGGACAUGGCCAGCGGUCAAGGAUGAGUUGAUCAGCGAGGUGAGGUAGGGGAGAAGGUCACCGGAGAUGGUCUGGAGAAGGGAGGAGGGGAUGGGGUCAAGCGGGCAGGUUGUUGGGCGGCCUGCAGUCACAAGUCGCAGGAUUUUAUCUGGAGAGAGAGGGGAGAAAGAAGUCAAAGCAUAGGGUAGGGCAGUGUGAGCAGGACCAGCAGUGUUAUUAGACUUAACAAACGAGGAUCGGAUGUCGUCAACCUUCUUUUCAAAGUGGUUGACGAAGUCAUCCACAGAGAGAGAGGAGGGGGGGGGGGGGGGGGAAGGAGGAUUCAGGAGGGAGGAAAAUGUGGCAAAGAGCUUCCUAGGGUUAGAGGCAGAUGCUUGGAAUUUAGAGUGGUAGAAGGUGGCCUUAGCAGCAGAAACAGAUGAAGAAAAUGUAGAGAGGAGGGAGUGAAAAGAUGCCAGGUCGGUAGGGAGUUUAGUUUUCUUCCAUUUCCGCUCCGCUGCCCGGAGCUCUGUUCUGUGAGCUCGCAGUGAGUCAUCAAGCCACGGAGCUGGAGGGGAGGACCGAGCCGGCCGGGAGGAUAGGGGACACAGAGAGUCAAAGGAUGCAGAAAGGGAGGAGAGGAGGGUUGAGGAGGCAGAAUCAGGAGAUUGGAGGGAGAAGGAUUGAGCAGAGGGAAGAGAUGAUAGGAUGGAAGAGGAGAGAGUAGUGGGAGAGAGAGAGCGAAGGUUGCGGCGGCGCAUUACCAUCUGUGUAGGGGCAGAGUGAGUAGUGUGGGAGGAGAGCGAGAGAGAAAAGGAAACAAAGUAGUGGUCGGAGACUUGGAGGGGAGUUGCAGUGAGAUUAGUAGAGGAGCAGCAUCUAGUGAAGAUGAGGUCAAGCGUAUUGCCUGCCUUGUGAGUAGGGGGGGACGGUGAGAGGGUGAGGUCAAAAGAGGAGAGGAGUGGAAAGAAGGAGGCAGAGAGAAAUGAGUCAAACGUGGACAUAGGGAGGUUGAAAUCCCCCAAAACUGUGAGGGGUGAGCCAUCCUCAGGAAAGGAACUUAUCAAGGCGUCAAGCUCGUUGAUGAACUCUCCAAGGGAACCUGGAGGGCGAUAGAUGACAAGGAUAUUAAGCUUAAAUGGGCUAGUGACUGUGACAGCAUGGAAUUCAAAUGAGGAGAUAGACAGCGAUUACAGCUGAGGCUUUCUGGGUACGUUCCUAAGAGCUUUCCACACCUGAUUGUGCAACAUUUGCCCAUUUUAUUCUUUUAAAAAUUCUUCAAGCUCUGUCAACUUGCUUGUUGAUCAUUGCUAGAAAACCAUUUUCAGGUCUUGCCAUAGAUUUGAAAGCAGAUUUAAGUCAAAACUGUAACUCAGCCACUCAGGAACAUUCACAGUCUUCUUGGUAAGUAAAGCAAGUGUAUAUUUGGCCUUGUGUUUUAGGUUAUUGUCUUGCGGAAGGGUGAAUUCAUCAGUGUCUGGUGGAAAGCAGACUGAACCAGGUUUUCCUCUAGGAUUUUGCCUGUGCUUAGCUCUAUUCCGUUUGUUUUUUUUUACCUUAAAAAUUCCCCAGUCCUUAAUACAAGCAUACCCAUAACAUGAUGCAGCCACCACUGUGCUUGGAAAUAUGGAGGGUGGUACUCCAUAAUAUGUUUGAGGCAAAUCCGAUACAACACAACACUUUGUAUUCAGGACAAAAGGUUAAUUGCUUUGCCACAAUUUUUGCAGUAUUACUUUAAUGCCUUGUUACAAACAGGAUGCAUCUUUUGGAAUAUUUGUUAUUCUGUACAGGCUACUUUUAACUCUGUCAAUUAGGUUAAUAUUGUGGAGUAACUACAAUGUUGUAGAUCCGUUCUCAGUUUUCUCCUAUUAAGCUCUGUGACUGUAAAAGUCACCAUUGGCCUCAUGAUGAAGUCCCUGAGCGGUUUCCUUCCUCUCCAGCAACUGAGUUAGGAAGGAUGUCUGUAUCUUUGUAGUGACUGGGUGUAUUGAUACACCAUCCAAAGUGUAAUUAAUAACUUCACCAUGCUGAAAGGGAUAUUCAGCGUCUGCUUUAAAAAAAAUCCAUCUACCAAUUGGUGCCCUUCUUUGCGAGGCAUUGGAAAACCACCUUGGUCUUUGGUUGAAUCUGUGGGUGGAAUUUACUGCUCGACUAAGGAACUUUACAGAUAAUUGUAUGUGUGGGGUACAGAGAUGAGGUAUUCAUUCAAAAAUCAUGUUAAACACUAUUAUUGCACACAGAGUGAAUCCAUGCAACUUAUUAUGUGACUUGUUAUGCAAAUUUUACCCCUGAACGUAUUUAGGCUUGCCAUAACAAAGGGGUUGAAUACUUAUUGACUCGAGACAUUACAGCUUUUCAUUUUAAAUAUAUUUGAAAAAUUUCACAAAACAUCAUUCCACUUUGACAUUGUGUGUUGCAGGCCAAUGACCAAAAAAUCUGAAUUCAAUCUGUUUUAAAUUCAGGCAGUAACAACAAAAUGUGGAAAAAGUAAAGGGGUGUGAAUACUUUCUGAAGGCACUGUAUGUACUCUGUGGGGCAGAAUGACCAGUUCUUCUCUCACCUCCCUCUCUCUCCCCGCUCGCCCCUCUCUCUCUCUCUCCCCGCUCCCCCCUCUCUCUCUCUCUCUCCCGCUCGCCCCUCUCUCUCUCUCUCCCUGCUCGCCUCUCUCUCCGCUCGCCCCUCUCUCUCUCUCCCCGCUCGCCCCUCUCUCUCUCUCUCCCCGCUCGCCCCUCUCUCUCUCUCUCCCCGCUCGCCCCUCUCUCUCUCUCUCCCCGCUCGCCCCUCUCUCUCUCCCCGCUCGCCCCCCCUCUCUCUCUUCUCGCCCCCCCCCUCUCUCUCUCCCCGCUCGCCCCUCUCUCUCUCUCCCCGCUCGCCCCUCUCUCUCUCCCCGCUCGCCCCCCCCUCUCUCUCUUCUCUCCCUGCUCUCUCUCCCAUAUUUCCUUAUUUUCCUUUAUAUACUCGGUGAGGGCAGCAUUACCUCCUGUCCUCUUUUCUUUCUCUCUCUCUGUGAAUGGAUGGAGGAUAAUGCAUUACUUGACACUAACCACUUAGCUGUAGUUUCACUCACCACACCUUCCAACAUAUUUGCCUCUGAUUGGCCCGGCAGGCUUGUUGUCUGACUGAUGUUUGUGUGGUCGACAGGGUGACGUUUGCGUGCUCAGUGUGUAAGUUCCGCUCAUUCUACCACGAGGACAUGGCAGCCCACCUGGAGAGCAAGUUCCACAAAGAUCACUUCAAGUUCUUGUCCAGUCAGCUGUCCAAACCCACCACAGACUUCUUACAGGUAGGGGGACACACACACACUCAAUCAAUCAAAGGCGGACACACAUGCAGACGGGGACAUUCUCACACACACACACACAUCUUCUGUAAGUUUCCAAUGUGUGUUGAGCGGAACCCCCCUCUUACUGUGUGUGUACCAGGAGUACCUGGAUAACAAGUAUAAGAAGACUGAGCAGAGGACCAGUCAGAUGGAGAACCACUGUGCUGCCAUCUGUCAAGUCUACAAGGAACAGGACCUCACCAGGCGUAAGGACAGCAGUCUGUGUGUAUGUGGUGUGGACCAGGGUUUCCGUAGUCGGUAAUAGCAGGCUUUUGCCCCUCCCCAACCCCAAAAAGCCGAUAAAUAAAAUAGCCGCCGGCCAAUUGUCCGGGAGAAGAAAAAAUUAUACGUUGCGAAAUAAUACAUUUUAGCCUAUUCAUUGAUGGAAAUACCAGUGGAUGAACUGCUGAUCCAGCUCAAACAGCUGUUUGUUGCUGCUGGAGUAAAACGCGUUUAAUAAGCCCAGCCAUUGCGCAACAAUCGCAACAACAAACUACUUUGCAAUGAGCUGGAGACAGUAUACAUUUUGAAAUAUGUUUUACUACAUAUAAUGAGGCAUGUCUUACCUUGCUUCAAAGUAGCCUAGCCGAAACCAGACCAAACGUGCAGGUCAUUAUUAGAUAGACUUCCAUAUGCCACUGAAACCAGUAGCCUUUUCUCUCAUGUUCUAUUGGUUUUCAAAUCGACUGUCGGGUUUCACGUUUGGGCAAGCAAAUCUUCACCAUUUAAAAAUGCACAUUUAUAAUAAAGCAUUCCAUGCAUCCACGCAGUGGCAGAUUUGUGUUUUAUAUAGACUACUAUUCCUAAUGUGAGAUGAUUGGAUAGUCAUCAUUUAGGCUGGUAAUAGGCCUUGGAGUAGACUAUAGGCUAUAGAUCUUAUUUAUUUAUUUGCACAGGAAAAUGUUGGCCUUUUAUUACACAUUUCAUGCAAUUCUACAACACUUUAUAUGACUGGAGACAUUAGCAGAAUCUUUUUUUUAAUACGACAACAUUUACAGGUUAGCCUACUCUGCUGACACCAACAAACAGAUCAAUAAAAAACGAUAUCUGGUCCGUGUAAUCGGCCUCUGGAAAGGGGAGAUAAGUACAAUAUGACGUCCAUCUAACCCGGAGGAGGAAACUAUUGUCCAAUAACCAACAAACGUGGUACUGACCCAAUCAUAAAGACGGUGACUAUGGACACUCACCGGGGAUAUGGCCGAUGAAUCUCCGCUGGGUCCAAUAAGAGACGCUACUGUUCGCUCAAUGAAGUUGAGAAUUUUGAAUUGUCUUCUCUUUACAGCAAUAGCCAUUUUUGCUUUCCAAACUAUUUUUCUGUGAUUUGUAUUUUAAGAUAUUGCGAUCUGCCUGUCUGGGUCUCUGCUUUUCACUGACAGUCUCAACCCAACAAUAAUCUAUUUGGUGUUUUCAGCGCGCACUGCCCAAAUUGCGGGCCCUCCGACUAGGCUAUGCAAUUUUAAAACAAUCCACAGCUUUUAAUUUUUUACGAAACUAAUGAUCCUCUGUGGUCAAAUCAUGCUUUCUGGUGUAGCAGCCUAGUUUUGAAUGAUUUUAUUUAUUUCUGUAUAGAUAGGAGUACGCUAAUUAGGAGAGAGAAUUUUGGCAACUCAUAUCUUCCCCUAGCCUAAUGGACACGCCGCCUGUGUAGUCCAACCUCUUCAAAUUGCUCAUCGGAAUUCGGUAAGAAUGACGCACGCGUUGCAUCUGAGUUUGGUUAAGAUUAAUAGACUAAUACAAAUAAUUUUGUAUUUAUUAUGGAUCCCCAUUAGCUGCUGCCAAGGAAGCAGCUACUCUUCCUGGGGUCCAGCAAAAUGAAGGCAGUUAUACAUUUUUUAAAAGCAUGACCUGCGCACACCCAUAGAACAUGUAGUGUAGAGGAGUUGACUAACGGUGAAUAAAACUAUAAGCUAUAAAAACAAAGUCUUCAGGGUGAAGAAGGCACAGUGAUGCUGAAACGGAGGUGUUUUUUUUAACCCAAUAAAUUACAGGGAGGUUAUACGUAUGGAGUGUGCGACUAUUUGUUUUUACGGUUACGAUUAAUUACCAUCAUCUAAAUGUGUUUUCUGUCAUUCUGAGCACCGUGGGGUGGACGCCCUAAUCAGGUAACGCACCCAAUGCAUAUGGGUCCGGUACAUUCUCUUAAAUGUCCGGUAAAUUUAAAAUGCUGCCGUUCAAAUGUCCGUCGCCACUUUUUCCUAAUGGAAACCCUGUUGUACGUGUGGCGUGGACGUGCUGUACGUCUCUGUGUGUUACUCUUCUGUGGAGCAGGGUGGAUUUGUAAAGGCCAUUUCUGUGUUUUCUUUUAUGCUGGUGGAACGAUGCUCUGUAACAGAGUUGGGUAUGGAACACUUCAUGAAGAAGGUGGAGGCGGCCCACUGUGCAGCCUGCGACCUGUUCAUCCCCAUGCAGUUCUACGUGAUACAGAAACACCUGAAGUCACCUGACCACAACUUCAACCGCAAGGUCAGAACACUACAGAGCUCCGUUUACGUUGACUGUAGGGCCGGGACGAUACCAGGUCAGAACACUACAGAGCUCCGUUUACAUUGACUGUAGGGCCGGGACGAUACCAGGUCAGAACACUACAGAGCUCCGUUUACAUUGACUGUAGGGCCGGGACGAUACCAGGUCAGAACACUACAGAGCUCCGUUUACAUUGACUGUAGGGCCGGGACGAUACCAGGUCAGAACACUACAGAGCUCUGUUUACAUUGACUGUAGGGCCGGGACGAUACCAGGUCAGAACACUACAGAGCUCCGUUUACGUUGACUGUAGGGCCGGGACGAUACCAGGUCAGAACACUACAGAGCUCCGUUUACAUUGACUGUAGGGCCGGGAUGAUACCAGGUCAGAACACUACAGAGCUCCGUUUACAUUGACUGUAGGGCCGGGACGAUACCAGGUCAGAACACUACAGAGCUCCGUUUACAUUGACUGUAGGGCCGGGACGAUACCAGGUCAGAACACUACAGAGCUCCGUUAACGUUGACUGUAGGGCCGGGAUGAUACCAGGUCAGAACACUACAGAGCUCCGUUUACAUUGACUGUAGGGCCGGGAUGAUACCAGGUCAGAACACUACAGAGCUCCGUUUACAUUGACUGUAGGGCCGGGACGAUAUCAGGUCAGAACACUACAGAGCUCAGUUUACAUUGACUGUAGGGCCGGGACGAUACCAGUAUCGCCAUACUCUUUACAAUCGUGGCAAGGAAACAAAACACGAAGCAGAUUGAACUUCUUUAGCAAAACAGUCCUAAUGUUGGAAACGAACAUCAUUAUGUUGUCAUCCAGAGUCACAUUUAUUUCCUAUACUAUAGCACACAAUAUUUUACAUACAGCAGGUUUCUAAAGGACCAACGAGUUUGGUCUGCUUCCUGUCUUCAUUUUGGCCAUGGAAAAGAUAUUGCGAUACUGGUAUCGUCCAGGCCCUAAUUGAUUGGUUGAUAGUUAAAAGUAGAACGCUGGUCCAGCUGGACAUUAGAGGAUAAAACACCAUUGUGGUCCUUUUUGGCAACAAGAUGACAGGCGUUAACUCUAGCUAACUAGACACCUAGGCUCAAGUCUGAAAACGCAUACGUCCAUACUCCAAAGCAUGCUCACAAUGGCUAAUCAGGGCUAAGCGCCAGGACUAUAUCAACUCCACUUGGUUUAGAUUUGCAGGGAGAAUGGAUAGUUCGAUGCAGAGAAGAUUUGGAGGAACAAGCACUUUUUUGCUAUGCCCUCCCUGACUUUUUCCCACUGACCCCUGUGUGACCUUUGCCUCCUGUGUGACCCCAGGGUAUGAUGGAGCAGUCUAAGAGGGCCAGUCUGUCUGUGGCUCGCAGCAUCCUCAACCACAAAAUCAUCGGCAAGAAGCUGGAGAGUUACCUCAAGGUACACACACACGCCUAUCUCACACAGAACCCCCCCAGAAACACUGACUCACUGUCCCUUACACACGCUCUGUCUGUCUCGCUCUGUCUCUCUGACCCUGUCCUUGCUCUCUCUCUGCAGGGUGAGAACCCCUUCCUCGGUAACCAGGACGACCAGGACGCAGAGGACUCAAUGAUUAUGGAGGUGUCGGGGGCCGAGCUCACCAAUGAGAGCCUGGCGGAGGCGGAGACCACCAAGGAAGAGGCGGGGCCAGAGACAUCGCAGGCGGCCACCGGGGCUGAUGGGGUAGAGGAGGAGAAGAUGGAGGAAGGAGGAGGAGAGGAGGGAGGAGUGGCGGUGGCAGACGGAGGGGAGGAGGAGGCGCAAGUAGAGGAGGCGGCAGGAGGACAGGGAGAGGGGGAGGCUGAGGGAGAGCUGGAGCAGGGAGGAGAGGAAGAGGAAGAAGGGUUUGAAGUUGGGGAUGAGUUUGGAGAGGAGGAUGAGGGAGUGGAAGGAGAGCUGGGAGAGGAAGAGGAGGAUGAAGGAGUGGGAGGAGAGGAUGAGGGUGUGGUGGCAGAGAAGAAAGACCAGGAUGCUGACGUGGUCGUCAUAGAGUGA